CUGGGCCUUCGCCAACCCGUGGCCUUCGAUCAUUUGGAUUUGAGUGGACCGCUGACGACAGCGUUCUGGGCUGGAGUUGAGGCCAGCGCUGGCCUCAACCCAACCGAGUACCUCGCGAGACUCAAGUACCUUGCCGUGGCACGAAAGCAACAACUCGAGAUGAAGAAGCAGACGGCCGCAGACCGUUCACAAGAGACUACCUUCGAAAAGCCUCCCGAGAUUGGCGAACGAACCCUCAAGGUGGAACAGGAGAUGCGCAAGACAUGGCAGUCGGGUAACGCGUCGAUCAUCGAAGCGCUACCUCACCCGGAUACGUUGGUCAAGGCGGAGGAUGCCGUGAAGGUAGAGGCAGACAGGGAUGUGGAAGUCAAGAGCGAGAGGGACGAGAAGGUUGUAAGCGAGAAGGAACAUGAACCCGAGGCUCGAUUCAUGAAGCGCACAGCGCCACCGGACCUGCCAUUUCGGCGCUCAAAGCGGUUACGACGCGAGUGA